UAGAAUUUUAUCGUAGAAACUUGUUUAUAUGAUCGUGUUCCAAAACUCUUUUCAUAAUUGUGAUACAGUUUGAUCGAACUUCGUCAAUUAAUCAGUUAUAGUAGAUCAAUUCACUGCCGAUUAAGAAAAUGGGUAAACACGAAGUGGGAACACCAAAGUACAUUGCUAAUAAAAUUAAGGCAAAAGGCUUGCAAAAAUUGAGAUGGUAUUGUCAAAUGUGUCAGAAACAGUGCAGAGACGAAAAUGGAUUCAAGUGUCAUACUAUGUCAGAAUCUCAUCAUAGACAGUUAUUACUAUUUGCUGACAAUGCAUCCCGGUAUAUGGAUCAAUUCUCAAAAGAAUUUUCUCAUGGUUACUUAAACUUAUUGAAAAGACAAUUUGGUACCAGACGUGUACCAGCUAAUCGAGUUUAUCAGGAAUAUAUCUCAGAUAGAGGACAUAUACAUAUGAAUGCUACAAUCUGGCUUACGUUAACUGCAUUUGUUAAAUGGCUUGGACGUACUGGCCAAUGUGUUGUUGAUGAAACAGAAAAGGGUUGGUAUGUAACAUAUAUCGACAGAGAUCCAGAAACAUUAGCAGCCCAAGAAAGGAAAGCUAAAAAGCAAAAAAUGGAUAAAGAUGACGAGGAAAGGAUGAUGGAGUUUGUAGAAAAACAAGUAGAAAAGGGUCAGCAAGAAAGUAACGGACAAUCUGAAACUGUUAAAGAGCCGUUAACACGACUUGACAAUGAUACACCUCUAGUUCUUAACAUGAAAAUAAAUAAAAAGCCAAAAUUGCUUCCUAUUAUAAAAAUAGAAAAAGCAGAUAAAGGUUCAACUAGUACUGAAACAGUCUCUAUGAUUUCGAAUAUAAAAUCCGAGGAAUCAAGGAAGGGGUAUAUGGACAAAGAAACAAGAUCAAUAAAAUCAGAAAAACAUACAUCUAAAUAUAGCAAAGAUGAAGAUAGUAGAGAAGGAUGGUUAAGGGAGGGUUUGAUGGUGAAAGUAAUUACUAAGACUCUUGGAAACAAAUAUUACAAGUCUAAAGGAAUAGUUCAGUCUGUUGAAAAAUCCAACUUUGUUGGGAAGGUCAAAUUGAAAUCGCCUGAAGAAGUCGAGAAUCACGUUAUAAAAUUGGAUCAGGAGUAUCUAGAAACUGUAAUACCCGCCUUUGGAAAGCAAGUCAUGAUUCUUUGGGGAAAAUACAAAGGCAUGAUGGGUGUAGUAUAUAAACUUCACAUAGAAAGUUACAGUAUUGAUGUAAAAUUAGAAAGGGAUGACAUUAUUGUAAAAAAUUUACCAUAUGAACAAAUUUGCAAAUAUAUGAUAUGAUUAUUAGAUAAGAUAUAUUAUUUAUAACGAUAUCUUGGUUAGCAUAUGAUAAAGUAAAACAUUAUUGUUUCACUUGUAUUUUAAAGAUUUUUAAUAUUUAUGAUAAUAUUGUUUAAAUAUUCCAUUUGUAUUCUGUAUAUACGUGUAUAUAAUAAAAUUUAUAUACUACUUUAGUCUGUGCUAACUGAUAGAUCAAAAUAAUUUAUAUAUUAUGUAUAGUCACUUAAAUACCUAAAAGAGCACCUGUGUACAAAGUUUACAGCAAAUGUGUAAAAAGCGUUAACUUUUUAUGUACAUUUAUGUAUUUUCCAAAUAAAAUGGAUUUUUUAAAUUA